AUGAAGGAGUUGCGCAAGGAUAAUGGCAUCGCUUGGGUUUUGACCUGUUGGGCUGUGCAGGGCGAAAAGUCCAAGCCUCGCCACCAUCCUCUCGAUCCACGUUUGGCUUUGACGUAUAGGACAGAGCCAGGAUCCUGGUGUGGCAUCAUCGAUGAAGCGAAACAGGUUCCUAUGUGGUGUAUGGUGUGCGCAGGACUGAUCAUCAAGAAAGCGUACCGGUGCAAGCAGUGCGUCGGGGUGCGUAGGGUCGUGGAAGGUGGCCAGCCGGUCAUCUGUCUGAUUGAUCUCUGCCCACAUUGCUUUCGGAAAGCGACAGAGGGACCGCACCGGCAAUUGACGGCAUUGCACCACGAUCUAGGGCACGGUUUCCAGGUGUUCAACAUUGAGGAUGAUUCACGCUAG